AAAAAAGCGCCCUGUUCACGUCCCUUUUUCACACAACUUCCUUUCCAGUUUUAUUAGGUCACCCUCUCUUCGCACACCAAACGUCCAAACGUCAUUUUUCCUCCCACUCCUUUUCUCUCUCCUCCAUUCUCCAAACUUCUGGUAACAGCCUUCUUUUUCUCUUCCUGUAGAAAUGACGUUCUACGAAAAAGCUUCUAGAGCCUUCUACAAUAAUCCUUCUCUUUCCAAGCUUCUCGUCGUUGUCACCGUCAGUGGAAGUGCUGGUGGGGGUCUUUUGGCUUAUUCAGAUUCAAAGCCACAGCAUGUAGAAAAUGCAGUCAUUUCACCUGAAGGUGAAAACAAGAAAAAGAAGGUGGUGGUCCUUGGAACUGGUUGGGCUGGAACCAGUUUCUUGAAGAACCUGAAGAAUCCUUCAUAUGAUGUUCAUGUCAUAAGCCCUCGUAAUUACUUUGCAUUUACCCCUUUGCUACCAAGUGUCACUGUUGGUACAGUUGAAGCCCGUAGUAUUUGUGAACCAAUUCGCAAAAUGGUUAAGAAGAAAGAUGUUAGUGUAAGCUACUGGGAAGCUGAAUGUCUUGGUAUAGAUCCUGUAAACAAGAAAGUAAAUUGUCGAUCAACUCAAAAUGCUGAUUUGAACGGGAAAGCUGAUUUUUCUGUGGACUAUGACUACCUUGUCAUCGCUAUGGGAGCUCGUUCUAACACAUUCAACACUCCUGGGGUUGAGGAGAAUGCCCAUUUUCUGAAGGAGGUGGAGGACGCUCAAAAGAUCCGUCAGAGUAUUAUUGAUUGCUUCGAGAAGGCCGCCCUCCCAACACUUAGUGACGAGGAGAAGAAGAGAAUACUUCAUUUUGUUGUCGUUGGCGGUGGUCCAACUGGUGUUGAGUUUGCUGCAGAACUUCAUGAUUUUGUCAGGGAAGAUUUAGUGAAAUUGUAUCCUAAGGUUAAAGACCUUGUGAAGAUAACACUGUUGGAGGCAACAGAUCAUAUAUUGAAUAUGUUUGAUAAAAGAAUUACAGCAUUUGCUGAGGAUAAGUUCCACAGGGAUGGUAUCAAUCUUCAAACUGGGUCAAUGGUUGUGAAAGUCACUGACAAAGAAAUAUCAACCAAAGCGCUCAAGAAUGGCGGGGAAGUAUCCUCCAUGCCAUAUGGAAUGUUGGUAUGGUCUACCGGUAUUGGAGCUCGUCCAGUAAUAAUGGACUUCAUGAAGCAACUUAAUCAAGGAAAAAGGCGUGCCUUGGGAACUGAUGAGUGGCUUAGAGUGGAAGGAACUGGUGAAAUAUAUGCGUUGGGUGAUUGUGCAACCAUAGUCCAGCGCAAAGUCAUGGAAGAUAUUGCUGAGAUAUUCAAGAAGGCUGACAAAGAUAACUCUGGAACUCUGACUGUGAAAGAAAUGCAAGAACUGGUAGAUGACAUUCUGGAAAGAUACCCCCAAAUCGAACUUUACCUCAAGAACAGGAAAAUGAAGAGUAUUGUUGACCUGAUGACCGAUGCCAAAAAGGAUACAACCAAGGAAUCCGUUGAAUUGAACAUUGAAGAAUUCAGAUCAGCUCUCUCACAAGUGGACUCUCAGAUGAAAAACCUUCCAGCAACCGCCCAGGUUGCUGCUCAACAAGGUACCUAUCUAGCUGACUGUUUCAAUCGUAUGGAAAAGUGUGAAAGGAACCCUGAAGGCCCUAUCAGAAUCAGAGGAGAAGGUCAACAUCGGUUUAAACCUUUCAGGUAUCGUCAUUUUGGUCAAUUUGCUCCACUGGGAGGAGAACAAGCUGCAGCUGAGCUUCCCGGAGAUUGGGUGUCCAUUGGGCACAGCACUCAGUGGUUGUGGUACUCAGUGUAUGCCAGCAAACAAGUCAGCUGGCGUACAAGAGCUUUGGUGGUUGGAGACUGGUCGAGGCGUUUCAUGUUCGGUCGGGACUCCAGUCGCAUUUAAAUCCAGAUAGUGAUUUUUUUUCUUCAUAUUAAUACCUCGAAGCAAUAUCAGUCACACACGCAUUUUCACUACACGCACAUAUCGCCAUGCCAUUGAAGGUGGCAAAAUUUUGUUUAGAUGUCUUGAUUCCUUUUUUGAGCUCUGUGUAACUGAAAUAUGUUGAUGAUCGAUACAAAUUGGUGAGGUCGGAUGCACAGCACACGCUUAGAGUUAACUGUAAUAACUGUGCAGGGCUUCCACAAGUUUUGAAUUUUUGAGAUUGAUGGAUAGUGAUUGGCCAACAAAAUCAAAGGUCCAUCUACUUUGAUAUUGAAAUCCAAAUUGCCAUUUUUUGUGAA